AUAAAAAAAAAAGAAAAAGAAAAGAAGAAGUGAGGUUGUACAUCGAAUGAGUCAGAUAAACAGCUGGCAUCUCAACUUUAUUGCAUAUUCAAUAAAUUAAAAUCGCCUGAGACCUGGAACUUCGACUCACGAGCUUGUUUUGGGACCAAAACUGAUACAGCGAAUUUGCCACGACAAUGGAAAUUCCAAUAUUUACUGUUGAUGCUUUUACCAAUGUACCUUUCAAAGGUAAUCCUGCUGCAGUAUGUCUUAUAGAAAAUGAGCUGCAAGAUGAUCUUUACCAAAGCAUUGCUGCAGAGAUGAAUUUAUCAGACACUGCUUUCAUCACAAAACAGAAUUCUACGGAUUUUACCUCAGGGGCAAGGUUUGGGUUACGCUGGUUUACCCCCAAAAGCGAGUAUCCAUUAUGUGGACAUGCAACACUGGCCUCAGCAGCAGUGCUCUUUUACCUUAAAAAGAAUAUCAAUCCUGUUGUGGUGUUUGAGACUAUGAGUGGGGAGCUUAUGGUACGCCAGCAUGAAGAAUCUUUAAUAAUGGACUUCCCCUUAAACAAACCAAUGCCUCAGGACCAACAUGAAAUUAAGGACCUUUUGAAGGCUGCUGUUGGAGACUUACCCAUUCAGGAUGUGUGCUACAGUCCAGCCAUAAAAAAUCUAAUGAUUCGUCUAGCUGACACAUGCAACAGGUCCGAUCUUAUGUCUUUGAGGCCAGAGGCAGAGACUCUUGUGAGAAAUGAGACCACUGGUAAGAUUAAAAGUCUCAUCGUUACGUUGAAAGAAACACAGACCUCUCAGUCUGGAUAUGACUUCUACUCCCGUGUCUUCUCACCCUGGGUUGGCGUCCCUGAAGAUCCAGUUACUGGGUCUGCACAUACAGUCCUUGCUGGCUAUUGGUCUGAGAAGUUGGAGAAAAAGAAAAUGAUGGCUUACCAGUGUUCCAGUCGUGGCGGAGAGGUAAAGCUGGAGAUAAGAGAUGACGGUCGAGUGGACAUCAUUGGUCAGGCGCUGAUCAUUCUUCAAGGAACUCUUAAAAUCUAGAUGAACUUGCACAACCGAGUCAUUGAAUUUGCGGAUAGUUUAGAUGGAAAUCAUGUGCAUUAAAUUUCACUUUAGUUUAUAUUCUUGUGAAGGUGCAUUCUAAGUUAUGUGCCAUUUAAUCAGAUUUAUACACAAGUUUGUUCUCGAUUCUGAUUGGCAUUUUUAAAAUUUUUUGUCUUAUAUUGUGCCCUUCAAGGAAUCUGCUUGCACAUCAGUGUCUUUCUGCUGUUUAUCUGGCUUAGAUUUCUGACAUAGGAUGUUCAAGUGGACACAUUACAUCAAAUAUUCUAUUUAUAACAAAAUUAUGAGUUGUCAUGAUGAUUUGGGGAAUUAUUUUCCCAAAAUCAUGUUUUUUUUUCUUCUCAAAAUGGCCACUGCUCCUCCUGUAGUGUACUGUAUAAUACACCAUAUAUCAAGUAAUUAUACUUAUGAAUUAAAAUAAAUGAAAUGAAAAUAAAUUGGCAAUAUAUUCUAUAUACACUAUGUAAAAAUAGCAGUGUUUUCUUUGUAGUGUGUAAAUAGUAGUUAGAUGCUAUUUGCAUCUCAGUAUUUUAGUAUAACAGUAUUGCAAAAAUAUAUAUUUUUGUGUAAAUGAUUAUAUUUAUUAAAUUAAAGCAGCCCUUUUUUUCCAAAUAGCGAUAAAUACAUUGUCAUAUUCAUCUCAUAAGCAAUGAAAAUAUUUUGAGAUGGGAUUUAAAAUGAUUUGUUGUCCGUUGCUACCACCUUGUGGUAGAAUAUUGGAUUUUACUGUGGAGUCCAAAAUAAAAGUCUCUGAUUAAAAUAAAGCAAGUUCAUGAUUUAAAA